CCGAGGGCAAACAGAGCCGGGUGCAUUGAAAUUCCCUCCCUCUUUCUUUCGCAGUCUCGCAGCUCGCCUUUCUCAAACUACCAGCGAGAGGAAGCACACACUUCUAUUACAUUUCUCAAAUUCCUCCGUCAUCGUCUCUUGAAGUUUUUUAAGCUUUAUUUUGGAUUUGAUGGCUUCCAAGUUGCAUCAGUUGCAAUCCAAGGCCACUCAAGCUUCUCAAUUUGCCUUGAAGCACGGGUGUUCCUAUUAUAAGCAAUUAUUGGAGCAGAACAAGCAAUACAUCCAAGAACCUGCUACUGUGGAAAAAUGCAACUUGCUUUCAAAGCAAUUGUUGUAUACUCGGCUUGCUAGCAUCCCAGGUCGUUGCGAAUCAUUCUGGAAAGAACUUGAUUACGUCAAAAAUUUAUGGAAGAACAGGCAGGAGCUGAAAGUUGAAGAUGCUGGCAUUGCCGCCUUAUUUGGGCUAGAGUGCUUUGCAUGGUUCUGCGCCGGUGAGAUCGUAGGAAGGGGCUUUACAUUCACAGGUUAUUAUGUCUGAGAAUGGCCUUGGUAAUUUGUCAAAGGGAUAUUCACGAUGUCGACUUCCCCUUUCUUUUCGCGGGUACUCCGCAUACAAUUUUUUUUCCAUUAUGAAGUUGAGAAUUCUGUGAGCAACUCUGAUAGAUUAAUAAUAAUCCAUGAAUUUCGAGGGACCAUAAUGCAUCUUAGCAUUGUUUUAAUUGA